AUGGCGCCCGCCGCCCGCCGCGCCCCUUCCGCCCGCCGCUACCACCGCGCGGAGCGGGCGGGGACCGAGCGGGGAAACGCCGGCCGAGAGCUGCUGCGGGGGGAGCGGAGAGCGGAGAGCCGCCGGGGGAGGGAGAGCGGGGCCGCGCUCGGGAUGGACCGACUGACCGACCGACCGACCGACCUGGCCGCUUCUCCCUGCCCUCCCCCCGCGGUUCAAGAAGAUCUGCACAAGCUUAAAGACAAAGUGAAAAACAUCAGCUUGAAAGGAAACGUGGAAGCUGAGGAUAUCAGCGACCUGGAAACAGCAAUUGAAAGAACUGAGUUUGGGCUGAGAAAACACGCUGAAAGCUAUUUAAGUGCUGUAAGCAGAGAAGUGCUAACUAUUUCUGCUGCUGACAAUGAAGAAAUUCGUCCCAAACAGCCCCCUGAAUGGUGCCUUCAAUGUGGUGCUUCUGAGAACCAGCUGGUUUUACCGCCGGUGCCCGUUGAGCCCAUGACUGCCCAGGCAUGCAGCAGAGCAGCGCUGCGCCUUUCUCCAGGCUCACAGAAGCAGCUGGAAAUGGAUAUGAAGCUUAUGCUUGACCCAGAAAACAUCAGUAAGAAAGCUGUUUUGAAACAACAGAGCUAUGAGACCAGGCUGCCACGUAUAACUAAGAAAAAACCUGCUCCUACGCAUAGUCAGAAGGGAGUGAAGGGUCAAAGCAGCAGCCAGCUUUGGGUUUUGCCUGCCUCUCCUCGUGUGGACUCUGCCUUACCCCUGUUAGAAGAAGAUAUGAGGAAAGAUAUUCUGAGCCUAAGGGAACGAAGGCCUAUCCCUCCAGCAGCAAAGAUAAGUCUCCAGACACCUGUUGUAUCCAAAGCAGCUCCUCUCCAUGAAUUGCACAGGCAGCGCAAGAAGUCAGCUGUAGGACAGAUUAGUAGUAAGGUGGAACCUGUGAGUACAGACACUUCCACCUUUCCAAGCUCAAAGGAAGCAACCGGCGGCUCUUACUCCUCUAGCAAAGGUAAUACUGCAUCACUGCUUCCCAGCAGCUCCCUGGAUUCGACCAGAAAAUCAAAGCCAGCGCACGCACACCCGGCUCAACAGCUUCAGUGUGAGCUGCAGGCUGCACAGACACAGGAUCCAUCUCCUGACUGCAGCAUUGCUGUUUGCCACGGCGCUAUAGACCAGACUGCUCCAGGCUUUCUGGCAUUCAAACAACGUCACUGUUUGUCCUGGGGGAGCAUUGUCUAUUUUUUGGAACGCACAGAGAAGCUUCUCAAGGACUACGCCGUACCAUUGGCUACAAUCAGCUGUCAGAAGUUGGUGGAAGUGGCAUCGGACUUUGCGCUUAACGAGAAUCCCACCAAAAGUGACAUACUGUCAGUGAUAAAGAAUCGAUCGGCUGUGGAAAAGGUUUUAAAUCGACCUGGCCAAAGAUACAAAGGCCAAGGGGGCACUGAAAUGGCGGCUAUAAAGAUCCAGGCAACGUGGAGACGCUUCCAGGCCAGGAGAGCCUACGCCCGAUUCAGGCGGCAGCAGUGGGCAUCAGGUGUGAUUGCCAUCUCUUGGCUCCUGCACAAUCACAUGGCACGUGUGAAGAAGACCCUGAAGGAAUCACGUCAGAGACACCUGGAGAAUUUUUACAUCAGGGCCAAGCAUCUGGCAGCCAACUGGAAUCGCAUCAGGACCUCCAGGAGGACUAUUAUCCAUAUCCCAUCAUUAGGAUAUUCCCAGUGCAUCCGUGAACGUAUUCCAGAUCUCGCUCUUCAACAGAACUUGCAGCUGGGAAGGCUGUGCGACAUCCUGGAUGCCAACGUGGACGUCAUCUACAUCUGCCCCCUUCAUCUGAGUGAGGAGUUACUGCAGUAUUACAAUAAACUCCUGGGUCUGCAGGCAGCUGUUAGAUCUGGGAACCCUGAGGACAUGAGUGACCUGCAGGACAGGUUCAAAAUUCUCACCCCUGAAGCUAUAAACAGCUUCCCUAAGCAUCACAUGUGCCUAGCCACUCAGCUGAAGUACAGUCCCAAGACGAUCCAAAGAAUAAAGAUCCUUAUCCAGAGCAGAGACGCCUACAUUAUCGGAGGGGUUCCCCACAAAGAUGAUCUAGCAGUGGCUGACAUGUUAAAUGUGCCCAUACUGGGCUCAGUGCCAGAAGUGGCUCAUCUCUAUAGUACCAAGUCUGGAAGUAAACGAAUUUUUGCCAGUGCUCGUGUGCCAACCCCUCCUGGAGAAUCUGACAUCUACAGCCACGAACAGCUGAUCAGUGCUCUCAGCCAGCUGAUUGUGGACAACAUGGAAGUGCAGCGCUGGCUGUUCAAAAUGAAUGACGAAUCCGGAGGAAACGGCACUGCCUUCUGUGAUAUUAUCUUGCAUUUGGAGUGCUACCACUGGGUUCUAAAGGAACGUCAGAAGCACAGCCCUGAGACGUGGAGUGAGAAGUGGGCACACGAGCCAGCUUUGGUGAAGAUCUCCCAGGAGCUGCCGGGCCUUUUAGCACAGCACGUACAGCCAGUCAAUGAGAAACGAUUCCCUACAUGGGAAAAAUUCCUCCAAACAUUUCUUAGUCAAGGUGGUGUGAUAGAAGCCUUCCCACUCUCAGAAAAUGUCACAAACCUUACAGUGGAUAUGCUGAUAGAGCCUACGGGCGACAUAAAAGUAGUGUCGUCAGGAGACCAGCUCCAUGCUGACGGACCUCUGCGAUCAUCUGGCACUACCAUUCCCCAAAGUUCUGUUGAUCCAGCAGUUCUUAAUUCGCUCUGCUUAAAAAUUGGAGAAGCCUGUAAAUCGAAAGGAGUGCUUGGUUACUUCUCAGUUGAUUUUGUGACUUUCAUCCAUCCACAAACAAUGGAACAGCAGGUAUGGGCAACAGACCUUGACCUGUGCUAUAGUGACCAGCUGGCCUUGACUCAGCUCACGCUGUAUGUGUCAGAUGGAAACCUGGACUGUUGCUCUGGCCUUUCUGAAACACCUCUUGGUUCGAGGAAAAUGAAAAGCCAAUGCACUCAGCUCAAGGAGACAAAGACACCUUCUCCAGGAAGGAGCCGCUAUGCAGUAGCAAGCAGUCAGCUGAGGCACUCCAGUCUUUCAGUCAUCUACUACAGUGUUCUCCUCCAGAUGUGUAAAGCUCAUGGGAUUGGAUUUGACCUCCAGGAAAAACAGGGAACUGUUUUUAUAUUGUAUGACGAUCAGCAGCGAUGCAGAUUGGGAAUGAUAACAAUCGGAGAGGAUCUCCAGGGGGUCCUCAUGACCUUUGCUCGCAAUCUCUUCAUCAUCCAUCAAGAAAUAUCAGCACCUAAUAUGCAAGGCGAGACCAAUUUUAAGAUGGCAAUUCAGGAUAUUGAAGCAAUUCUAGGAGUUACAGCAGAAAACAAACUGAAAUUGGAAGAAGAGCAUCCUUCAAAAGCAGAUGCUCUGAAAGAAUAGUUAACAGAAGAUGUUUAAGUGCUCUUUAUGCUUCUGGAAAUGCUUUCUCAUCUGUAAGAACAGGUUUGGUUUUCCUUCUGUGCUGGCAUGUCAAUAUAACCUGGGACAAUAAGUAUCCAUGACUUUUGAAUACAGUAAUCACAGAAAUAGCCCUUAUUUCACAAAAUAAACUAUUCAAAAAUCAUAGUAAAUGUCCCUAAUAUUCAUAUGGCGAGACCUGAAAUACAGUAUUUGUUUUUAAAAAACUUUCACCAAGCCUACAGCUUAAAUGGUCUUUCUGUAACCUCAUGAGCUACCUUCAAAGAUAGGUUCAUGGAGGCAGACAGUCUGCUGCAUCCCUAGCUAUUUCCCCCACUGGUGAACUAUCCUUAGUCUUAAAGCCAUUGCCUCACACUUAGUCUGAAUUUGCUUGACUUCAGCUUCCAGGGUUGGAUCUCGUUAUGCUCCUGUCUGAGAAAAUGAGGAACUGUUUGGUGUAAAAUGACACAUUUCUGUGGAACAAACCUUUCUGUUCCUAGAAUCAAAAAUCCUAAGUGAGAUUUGCUUUGCUAACGCUCCCAUAGAAGCGGUGUACCCAGACCUCAUGAAGUAUUCCAGUAAUUUUGUCUUUGGUGUGAUAAAAUGAAAAUGCCAUUCAUUCUCUGCUUUUUAAUGCUUCCCUGCAUGUAUGUAGAGGUACCAUCCUACGUCAGUCACUAUAGCAGAUCACCAGACCAUUCCUGAUUGAACAUAGUCCUGGGAUCCCAAACUCCCUUUUGGACCUGCUGUCUACUAAAACACAGGCUUCCAAUAUAGGAGUAAGUCCUGGGUUCUUCUACCUGUAAACAAUUUACUUCAUUGCUUUCUUAUCCAGAAGUCCAGCAUCUCAGGUUCCUCUUUAGAACCAAAUGUGUUUAUUGCUAUCAUUCCUGUAUUUUAUUAUCUACAAGCUUUUGCAGCAGUUAUUUUAUACUCAGUUUCAAAUUAUGAAAAAUAAUAGUAAUAACAUUGGUGCAACAGCAGAUUCUGAGAAUCAGGUUUGUACUAUAAUUCCCAGUAUGCUGUGACUUUUGCAGACCUCUUCAUCAGAUGCAUUCUGUAUUUCAGAUACUGCUGACUUUUUCAUCAGAAUUACUGUGUUGUUAUAUUGAGAACAACUGCUACAUUUGUACCUUUGUCCAUCAGAUCCGUAACCUUAUCCCAAAAGAAAACGCGUUCUAAAUU